ACGCUACAUUUGGGCUGCUUUAAAAACAUAAGAUAUUUAUCUAUUUAAUUUUUUAAGAAAUUGUGAAAUGUUAAAUGUUCCGUUCAUAAAGGUAAGCUUGCAGUUGAUCCUCCUGGACGGCAGGUGGCGGUGUAGGCUAAGAGUUCAUCUAGAACCGGAUCCACAACCUCAACCUGAAGUGGUAGCUUUAGCCAUUGACAAUAACAAAACGCUUCGGUAUUUAACUUUUUAAUAGUUCAGUGUUUAAAUUAACAUGUUUUUCUUAUACUUGACAUUGUCAUUUUUGACAUUAGAACAGAAUAACUUACGGGACACCGUAAAAUAAGCCACGAUUUCACGAUAUCCUGGCUAAUGAACAACUAGAUCUCAGAAUUUGAACUGUUUUAUCAGCUGACUUGAGCGUAUUCCUGAAGCCCUCCCAGGCUGUCCCACUCAGAGGGGGGGCGCGGCUGUCCUUGAGAGACCCUCAGCAGGAUGAUCCGGCAGCUCUUCAUCUUGUCCUCGAAGGGCGACCCCCUCCUCUUCAAAGACUUCCGUGGAGAGGCGGGGGACGAUGUGGUCAACGUUUUCUACCAGAAGGUCACGGCACUACCUGGAGACCAGCCUCCGGUUGUCAUGGCGUUCAGAGACCUCCACUUCCUGCACGUCAGGCAGGGGGGCCUCUACUGGGUCGCCACCACCACAGCCGACGCCUCCCCGUUCACCAUCAUUGAAUUCUUGAACAGGCUGGCGGCGCUGGUGAAGGAUUAUUGCGGCGGUCUGUCAGAGAAGUCGGUUCAGAUGAACUUUGCUCUGAUCUACGAGCUGCUGGACGAGGUUCUGGACUACGGUUACAUCCAGACGACGUCCUCUGACAUGCUGAGGAACUUCCUGCAGUCGGAGGCGGUCAGCUCGCGGCCGUUCAGCCUCUUUGACCUCAGUAACGUGGGCCUGUUCGGCGCAGACACUCAGCAGAGUAAAGUGGCUCCGAGCUCCGCCGCUGCCAGACCCAUCCAGGCCGGCAGGGAGCAGGGGGGGCGGAGCGAGAUAUUCGUGGACGUGGUGGAGAGGAUGUCGGUGGUGGUCGGCUCCAACGGGGUCCUGAUGAAGGCAGACGUGGAGGGGGAAAUCCGAAUCAAGUGCUUCAUGCCCAGCUGCUCAGAGAUCCGGAUCGGUCUGAAUGAGGAGCUGAGCAUCGGGAAGUCCCAGCUCAGAGGUUACGGAGCGGCGGUUCGAGUGGACGGGUGCAGUUUCCAUCAGGGGGUGCGACUGGACGAGUUCGACAGCCACCGGAUCCUCCGGCUCUGCCCCAGCCAGGGGGAGCAAACAGUGAUGCAGUACCAGCUGACCGAUGACCUGCCGACCGCUCCGCCUUUCCGGCUCUUCCCGACCAUUGAGAGAGACGGCACAGGAAGGCUGAUCCUGUUCUUGAAGCUCCGCUGUGAUCUGCCCCCCAAGAGCUCCGCCGUGAACGUGUGCGCCUCCGUCCCCGUCCCGAAAGGAGCCGUGAGUUUGUCUCAGGAGCUCAGCAGUCCGGAUCAGAGUGCCGAGCUGCAGUCGCAGAACCGGGCCGUGGCCUGGCAGAUCCCCCGUUUGGCCGGAGGAACACAGCUGUCCGCUUUGUUUAAGCUGGACGUCCCGGGCCUGAGCUCAGCUUCCAUGCUGGAGGUGGGUCCGGUCGGCCUGAGCUUCGAGUUGCCCAAGUUCACGGCCACGGGGCUGCAGAUCCGCUUCCUGCGCCUGUCCCCGGUGCAGCCGGCGCCAUCGCAGCGCUGGGUCAGAUACGUCACUCACUCCGACUCCUACAGCAUCCGGAUCUGACCGCAGCGGCAAAAGCUGAGCGGAACCCGCUGACUCUGGUUCUGGUGUGAAUCCAGUCGUCCCUGGAUGGAGCCGGAGUGUGUUCUCUGAGCAGCUGCUGCACCCCCCACCAGGACCUGCAGCAGAUGAACCUGCCCCGUGGGCCGGCCCCUCCUCUUCCUCUGGAGCCCCACAGGAAGCGCCGCCGCGCUGAGCGGGUGAAAAUGACUUUCCGGAUCUCAAAGCUGGAUCCACAGGAUGUAGUAAGGAAAAUAUCCUGGAAGAGCCGGGAAAGGAGGGGGCCGUGCACGCGCUCAGCCGUGCACGCUCUGCUGCAGAGACAGACAAAUUCAAACACUGAAAAUAUCCUCAAAGUCGUCGUAGGAAUUACUGGAUUCAUUUAAAUGUCUGUAGAGGAGGACAAAACUGUUCCACAGAAAACAAGGAAAAGUCCAGAACCGGAGAGAGUCCGGAGUGAUCAUGAACAGAAUGCAGUGAAAACCAGAAAACCCAUCAUGUAACACAUGCACCUGUCUCUGACCCGGUUUGGAGAAGUUGAAAGCUUUCCUAGUUUGAACAAAGUUUAAAGUUAGUCAUUUAGCAAAGAUGAGACCAGCUCCACACCCUGGUGUGUGUGCGCGGGGGGGGGCUGCCAUAGAUGCCAUAAAUCAAACACAUCUAAUGCACUAUCUCUGCUUCUCAACCAACAUUCUCCUCCAUUGUUUUAAUGAUUCUGGGAUUCACAGCAGCAUUACCAUGAACAAAAAAACUACUUUUUGAGCUCUUAAGUGAUUAUACUGUUCAUUCACAAAUUGGUUCUUUAUUUUCAUUUUCUAACCACAAACCUGCACUCUCUUUUAAGGCCGAUUAGCCGAUAGUUCAGCUACAUGCUAGCUGUUUUGGCUAACCUAAGUUUAUUUAUUUAUUUUUUUAGGCUAAUUUAGCAUUUAGCUAAAAUUCAACGUUUUCAGCUAUCAGCUUUAGCAUUUUUAGCUAUUA